CUCUCCAUGUAUAUAAAGCCCUUGCCCACCCUCUUCAUUCGCAUCAGCAUUUUGUACACAUUUGGACAGCUCAAUUCUCACAACACAUCCCAUCCGUGGCUAAUCUGCAACCACAAUAAAUAAAAAUGAAGAACAUCGUUGUACUGGGCGUUGGCGUUGCCGCCGCGCCUCUUAUCCGCCAGACCAUGCGCAAUGUUGUUCUCAAGGACAAGGAUUACAAGAUGAUUGUCGUUGCUCCCAACACUCACUUCCACUGGCCCAUUGCCAUGCCCCGAGUCAUCGUGCCUGGGCAGCUGGCUGAUGACAAGGCCAUGAUCGACCUCCGGCCCUUUUUCAAGGAGUAUCCCGAGGAUCAGUUUGAAUUUGUUCUCGGCGUCGCCAGCGCCAUGGAUCCUGCCAGCAGCACAGUCACCGUCUCGCCUAGCGAGGGCAGCAGCCGCACCAUCAACUACCAUACCCUCAUUGUUGCCACUGGCAGCUCAAGCCCGGAUAUGCCAUGGAAAACAAUGGGCUCAACCGAGGAGACCAAGCAGCGUGUACACGAGCUACGACAGCAGAUCGAGAGUGCCAAAACCAUUGUCGUCGUCGGCGGUGGCGCAACCGGCACCGAGACUGCGGGCGAGCUGGGCUUCGAAUAUUCCAAGUCUGGGAAAAAGGAGGUCUAUCUCAUUUACAAUGACAGACUACCACUCACACCACCCACCAUUGAUAGCGUUCGCAAAGCAGCCAAAAACGAGCUGGAGAAGCUCAAAGUCAAGCUGGUCCCCAACACCACCGUCUCUUCUGUCCAGCAGUCGGGCAAUGACACGGUGUUGACCCUGACGAGCUCGGACGGCACCACCAAGACACUCACGACGCAGGCUUACAUUCCCUCUACUGGCGUUGUUCCCAACACUUCUUUUGUGCCUGCGAACCUCCUGGAUAGCAAGGGAUACAUCAAGCAGACCAAGGCUCUCCUGGCAGAGGGCUUCGACAACAUCUUUGUCGUCGGCGACGUGGGCAACCUGGAGGCUAGCAAAGCCGGCACUGCUAGUGCGCAGACGAUUCAUCUCGUCAAGGCACUCCCCAUCUACUUCAAGGGCGGCGCGAUGCCCGCAUAUAGCCCCAGCACCACGGAGAUUUCCGCUGUUACGCUUGGAAGAAGCCGUGCCACUGGCCAGAUGGGCUCGAUUAAGCUCUUCAGCUAUCUCAUCUACUAUGCCAAGGGCCGGUUCCUGGGCACUGACUAUUGCCACCUGAUUGCGGCGGGCAAGAAGUCUAUGCUAACGAAUUUCGAGAAGUAGGGGGUGGAAAAGCUGGAUGACGCUCUUGUGGCAGUAGUUGAAGACGAUGGCUGUGUUAAUGUGGAUGCGCCAGAGUGCGAGUUAUUAUCUGCGGCUAGUAUUCAGGAUUGACUCCCUCUCUGUAUUGGCUUUUUUUCUCUUAAUUUUCUUUUUCUUUUCUCUUUCUCUUUUUAUCGCUAGAUAUCCACUCUUUGUUUAUAGUUUUCUUUGUCAAAAAGAUGAUAUCCAAGUUGAGAAGUUGACUGCCUAUAUGUACCUAGGUAUUAGCAUUUGUGUCCUAGGUGGUAGAUUUGUUUGAUGUUCUGACACUUCUUUUGCUGAUACUACAAAGCAAUAGUUUGGAAUGACGGAAAAUAG